UGCGAGACGUGACCCCUCAGCCCGGCCAUGUCCAAGUCACUGAAGAAGCUGGUGGAGGAGAGCCGGGACAAGGGCCAGCCCGAGCUCGACCUCUGCGACCGCGGCGUCUCCAGCAUGCUGGACGUCCCCGCCCUGUUCACUGUGUCCCAUAUCACACAGCUGGUUCUCAGUCACAACAAGCUCACAACUGUACCACCAAAUAUUGCGGACCUGAAGAAUUUAGAAGUGUUAAACUUUUUCAACAACCAGAUUGAGGACCUUCCUACUCAAAUUAGCAGCCUUCAGAAACUUAAACACCUGAAUCUUGGUAUGAAUAGGUUGAAUACCUUGCCUAGAGGAUUUGGCUCUUUACCAGCUUUGGAGGUUCUUGACUUGACUUAUAACAACUUAAAUGAAAAUUCCCUGCCUGGAAACUUCUUCUAUCUGACCACCCUGCGUGCACUCUAUCUAAGUGACAACGAUUUUGAAAUCCUGCCGCCAGAUAUUGGGAAGCUCACAAAGUUGCAGAUACUGAGCCUUAGAGACAAUGACCUGAUAUCACUGCCUAAAGAAAUCGGUGAACUCACUCAGCUUAAGGAACUUCAUAUCCAGGGAAACCGCCUAACCGUGUUGCCCCCAGAACUAGGUCAUUUGGAUUUGACUGGUCAAAAGCAAGUCUUCAAAGCAGAGAAUAAUCCCUGGGUCACCCCUAUUGCUGACCAGUUCCAGCUGGGAGUCUCUCAUGUUUUUGAAUAUAUUCGUUCAGAAACCUAUAAAUAUCUGUAUGGCAGACACAUGCAGGCAAACCCCGAGCCUCCAAAGAAGAACAAUGACAAGUCAAAGAAGAUCAGUCGUAAGCCCCUGGCAGCCAAGAACAAAUAAGUCACUGGUUUGUGGCAGGGUUUUUAAGUCUUUUUUAAUUUCUUUUGCAUGUGCCUAAGAUAUUUCCAGAAGAAAUGCAGUUAUUCAUUUUAUAAGAAAGCAAAGUCUAUCUUUUUCAAUCAACAGCAAUUCACCAUGUGCACUGCUCUUAAGACUGCUUAAAGAAUAUAAAAUUAUAUAAUCUAAUUGUAGCCAAAAUUACAGCCAUUUAAUAUAUCACUGUCAAGCACCUUUUUAAAUUUUUAUAUUUAUAUGUACAUUAAAACCAGUUUGACAUGUCUUCUGUUCACAUAUAUCACGUGUCCUUUUCUGCUUUAUUAGACAUGUUUCUGCACCAGUACAUAGUAUUAGUUACACUUCAUGUAUUAUCCAGAUGAUUUUAAUAAAAUAUUUCUUUGUAUCUUG